GAAAAUAUAGAUCGGAAGUCGUAUUGUUAUUGCCGUUGGCGGAACUCAGCCGUCAUGUUUGGAUCGUACAGUUACUGUAGUACUGCCGGGUCUGUAGCUACACAUUAGCUCAUGUAAAUGCUCCAGUUUCUCCCCAGGUUAUUCUCCUUUCUCUGUAAUCAUGAACAGGGCUCAGCUGAAGCGGUCCAGUAUCUUGAGGAUGGCUCUGUCCGGCUCGGAAACAAUGGACCAGGACGGACAUGGAGAGACUUUCAUAUUCCGAGCUGUUAGAAUAGCAGCUGUGGUUGCACUGUACUGGUUUGUUUCAAUAACAAUGGUGUUCCUUAAUAAUUAUCUGCUGGACAACCGAGACUUGGAUGCGCCCUUGUUCGUCACUUUUUAUCAGUGUGUGGUGACUGUUGGACUGUGCUGGCUUAUGCAGCUACUGUCCAAAUUGUGCCCGGGACUCAUCGACUUCCCGUCGGUCAGAUUCGACGUGAAGACGUCCCGGGAGGUCCUGCCGUUGUCCAUUGUGUUCAUUGGCAUGAUCACCUUCAACAACCUGUGCCUGAAAUAUGUCGGAGUGGCUUUCUACACGGUCGGUCGUUCACUCAGCACAGUUUUCAAUGUGCUGCUAUCGUACGUGAUCCUGAAACAAACCACAUCAUUCCAAGCCUUACUGUGCUGUGGGAUCAUACUAGGCGGAUUCUGGCUUGGUGUGGACCAGGAAGGCACGACAGGGUCCCUCUCCUGGUCAGGCGUCUUUUUUGGGGUGCUGGCCAGUGCUUUCGUCUCUCUGAACGCCAUCUACACAAAGAAGGUAAUGCCUGCAGUGGACGGAAACAUCUGGAAACUGUCCUACUACAACAACAUUAAUGCCUGCGUCCUCUUCCUCCCGCUCAUUCUUGUGUUUGGAGAGUUAGGCCGUCUUGCCAGUUUCAGCGAACUCAGCGACCUUGGGUUUUGGGGCAUGAUGACACUCGGAGGAGUAUUUGGUUUCGCCAUCGGCUACGUCACAGGCCUCCAGAUCAAGUAUACCAGUCCACUCACGCACAAUGUGUCAGGGACAGCAAAGGCCUGUGCGCAGACUGUUAUUGCAGUGGUGUACAACUCUUCCAGUAAAAGCUUGCUGUGGUGGACCAGUAACAUGAUGGUGCUGUGUGGCUCGUCAGCCUACACUUGGGUCAAAAGUCUAGAAAUGAAGAAGAAUCCCCACAAAGACCCUCAGGACUCAGCCAAGGAAAAACUGCUGCCAGGGGAGAAAGGCAACUUGGGAGUGUAACCUUUAUAACUAUGCUGAGAAACCUUCAGCUUUUUAUCCAUGUGGUGUGAGAAUGUGAAAUAAUGUCACAUUUAGAAUAUGACUGAUUAGUAAUUGAAGUGGUUUUGGUUGGGUUAAAUAGUCUUGUGGUUUUAUACAGUUUGACUUACGGCUUAAAGGAAUUUGUAUAUAUAUUUUUAUUUAAAGCUAUUCACAUUCAUUUGGGCAUUUUUACAAUUCUUUUUAAAAUGAAACAACUGAGAAAUAUAAUAAUGUGUCUUUUAUGGUGUAGUCUAGAAUGAAGGAAAAAUGUUUUUAUUCACAGGGAGGGUAUAUGUCCUCAGAUUGAGGCGUCAUAGCGAAAUAUAAACUUUUUUACACCUAUAUGCCAUUUUUAUGAAUGCAUGUUACUAUCUUGUUAAUGUUUUUAGGGUAGCCUCUGGCUAGGAACAUGCCUGCUUCCUCAAAUAUGAACAAAGCCAAGACAACAGGAACUGUAAUAUCCUGGUGUUUAUGGAGGAUGCAACAGGCAGGUAAUCAGAAACCUCGUGUCAGUGGGACUGACAUAAUCUGCUUUUUAUCUCCAAAGAAAACCCUCCUGCAUUUUAAACUGCUGCACUCAUAAACUUGUACAUUAUUUACUAGAGCACAUGUUUCUAAACCGAGUCAAUAUUUGAAUUGUAAACAUAGACGAUGACAUAAGGUCUAUGAAAAUAUAUUUGCAUUUAAAAACAAAAGUGGGACAGACUGAAAGAGAGCCCUGUUAGAAUAUCUACUUAAAGGUCUCUCGUGUUUAACGUGGUGUUCUUACAUUUACAUGUGUCAGUAUCUUUACAUGUCACUGCAGUGUACAAUUGCACCACAACUGAGAAGUCUUUGUUUGCAAUUGUCAUUCACUCUUAACUUCCAGUGUGACAUAUCAGGUACCUCUUUACCAGCCUGAUAAUGUUUGGGUAAACCAUUGUCUGUAUUCCAAACCAGCAUUUUAAAAUAUCUUUAAAUCAUUGUAACAUUUCAGUGGAACAAAGGCAGAGCCAGGGAGCUUAUUGAAAAGAAAACACUAAAGAUGGUGUACAAUUCAACUGUUUUCAAGCUUUCCUAGGGAAGAUUAAAAGGGAAGCUUGUGCUUUCACUAUUAAACAAUGGAUUUCAAGGUUAUUUUUAUUUAAAUAGUUAUAUAUAUAUUUUGUGUCAAUCUACAUUCUCUAAAUGCAGCUUAAAUUUAGAGACUGUAUUAUCAAUUAUAUAUCUUCAGAUGUAAUCUUGUGAUAAUUCAGAGCCAGGUGAAAUGAACCAGUAAGACAGCUUAACUUCCUUAUGUUUGUGCUUAUUCCUGAUGUGUGUGAGAAGUUAAUGAAGCCGGUGGUCAUGUGAUUUUUAGCACACUGAAGCCAGACAUUGACGCACACUGCCGUCGUAUGUGGGCUUUGAAAGGUCAAUACUGUGUGAAAUAGUCUGCUUCAAGCGUAAAAUCACUGAGUAUUUCCACACAGACCACUGGAUCACAUUUAUCAAGAUGACCAAUGCUUGGCACAUGGAGCAGUUGGCGUCUGAUGAAGUUAACAUUUUAACAGAUCCCUCCUUCUGAAGUUGAUGUUUGAAGGCAGAACGGCAAAAGAAGGACUCACAAUGAGAACAUUGUUAAUGUAUUUAUGACCGUCAUUAUAAAGAGCAUUAAGAAUAUCCUUAAACCUGCUGAGAUUGUCUUGACCAGGUCUCUCUUGAGAAUGAAACCCUGUGUCUCAAUGUGAUUACCUGUCUAAAUAAAGGUUAAAUAAAUAAAUAAAA